UUUAUUUUUUCGGUCUUUUGUUGAUUCUUGAAUAUGUGUAAUGCGCUCUAUAGUAGAGCAUUCAAUAAACGUGUAAUACAAUACAGCAGUAAUGAAUAUAUGAGUGAGAGAGAACUGCUUCUUACCUGAAGAGCUUUUAACAUUAUACACGCAUAAAUAUACCAUAAAUACAAAUGUAAAAGAAGUUUACAAGCAAAACUGAAUACAAAAACACAAAAGUUUUCAAGAGAGCCGCAGAGCGCUAGAAGACAUGAAACGAGUUUCAGUUUAACGGUUACAUUAAGCGGAUCAAGUUGAACUUCGAUUCGAAUUUGUCGCUCUCGCUCGAAUGAGAAGAUUUUUUUUUAUUUUUACUGAAUUUCGUGUUAAAACUUUCAUCUCAACUUGUUAAUAGAAAGGAGCAUUAAAAAAAUUUAUGUUAACGACAAAGUGCAUUAUUGUUAUUAAUGUUAUCUCUCUGGUCUUUUUUAUUAAUAUUCAAUAAUCAUCAAGCAGUGCCAAGUAAAUAUAUAGGUUAAUGCUUGCUUAGAGUUGAAGUACAAUAAAGUAAAGAAUUGAGUGAAAAAAAAAGAAAUAAACGAAAGUCAAUAAAAAGAAAUAGAAAAAAAAUAUAUAUAAAAAUUGUGAACAUUGAGUGUCGAAAAUUGAGCAUUGCAGUGUGUAAAUAUUUGCAAAGGCAAAAAAGUAUUCUGUUAUAAUCUAAUAAACAAAUUAAAGAAGAAAAGAACCGGAUUCAAAGUGGAUUCUGCUGCUAUAAAAUGAUGUGACCUUAACUGAGAAUAAAAAAAAUCGAAAAUAUAAAAAAAAACUUACGUAAAGAAAAAAAAAAUAUUUUGAGAGACAAAAACAGAAACAUUUUUUUUGCUUACGAAUUAUUUAACAGAUUAAGUUCAUUAAUAAAGAAGACAACAAUCUCAGUGUUGAAUGCUAAUUUUUGUUGUGUUAAUAACAUUGAAUUAAUUAAUUACAUAAACAACGGAGAAACAAGAACUUUGUGUUAUCAUCAAACGAGUUAAUAUUUAUUUGUAGUUAUUUUAAAUGUUAAAUCAAAAUGUUUGCACCGAGAAACUCUUCACCUCCGAUGAGUUACUUGACACAUCAUCACGAUGAUCUCGCUGCAUAUCAGAUAAAGCUCAAGAAAAUAAUUGGACUUACAGUGUGCAGUAGCGCAGGUUUAGAUGCUUCACCAACGACUGGUGUAAUUGCUUAUCCAGCAGGAUGCGCUGUGGUUUUAUUCAAUUCAAAGAAAUUAAGUCAAACGUAUCUGUUAAAUACAUCACGAAAGGCCAUAACAGCUGUUGCAUAUUCACAAUGUGGACGAUAUCUCGCAACGGGAGAAUGUGGCAUUAAUCCUACAAUAAAAGUUUGGGAAUUGGAACUUUCGCCAGGAAAUGAAAGUAAUGUUGGUGGGACCGUUAUUGCAGAAUUUAGUGGUCAUAAAUACGCCGUCAAUUGUGUGGCAUUCUCACCAACCGGCAAAUAUCUAGUAUCAGUUGGAUCACAGCAUGACAAUAUUGUGAAUGUAUUUGAUUGGAAGAGCAAUCUUAAGAUUGCAUCAAAUAAAGUUAGUGCCAAAGUCGUCGCAGUAUCAUUUAGUGAAGAUGGAAAUUAUUUUGUAACUGUUGGAAAUCGCCAUGUUAAAUAUUGGUAUUUAGAAGGUGGACGAAAGUAUAAAGAGCCAAUUCCAUUGAUGGGUCGAAGUGCCAUAUUGGGUGAAUUGCGUAAUAAUGAUUUUUGUGCAGUCGCAUGCGGUAAAGGUGAUAUGAUUGAUAGCACAUAUGCAAUCACAAGAAAUGGCCAUUUAGUGGAAUUUAAUUCACGACGUUUAUUAGACAAAUGGGUCAUGUGUAGAACGACUUCGGCUAAUUGUAUGGUGGCGUCUGCCAAACUUAUUUUUGUAGGCUGUGCCGAUGCAAUCAUUAGAGUAUUUAAUACGGAAACGCUAGAGUAUGUAACGACACUGCCAAGAACACAUUAUUUGGGCGUAGAUGUAGCGCAAGGCGUUCAAAUUAGUCAUAUGAUGUCCGCACCCCAACAUUCAAAAUAUCCCGAUACAAUUGCAAUUGUUUUUGAUGAAUCCCGAUCGAAAGUAAGUUGCGUGUACAACGAUCAUAGUUUAUAUAUUUGGGAUUUACGGGAUAUCCGACGUGUCGGUAAAAGUCAUUCCUUCCUUUAUCAUUCAGCGUGUAUAUGGGGCGUUGAAACAGUGCCAUCUAAUUUCCUUAAGAAUGGAAAUGUUCAAUGUAAAUUACCAACUGAUAGUUUCCUUACGUGCUCAUCUGACGAUACAAUCCGUGUAUGGGGUCUUGAGCAAUGUGAAGCAAACGAAAUUUAUCGAAAGAAUAUCUACAGUAAAGAGCUCCUCAAAGUCAUUUAUAUUGAUGAUGAGAUGAACUUUAUAAAGGACACAGACAAUCCCACACAGAGCAACGAAAAGUCAUCAAGCUACGACGGACGAAACGGAGUGAGAUGUAUUAAAGUAAGUGCUGAUUAUGGACAAUUAGCAACUGGUGAUCGUAGUGGAAAUAUUCGAAUUUAUAAUCUCAACACUUUAAAACUUAUAACGUCAAUUGAAGCACACGACUCGGAGGUGUUGUGCUUAGAAUAUACGAACGAUAAAAUAGAUCGUAAAUUGCUUGCAAGUGCAAGUCGUGACAGAUUAAUUCACGUGUUUGAUGUUGAAAAUGGAUAUCGAAUUUUGCAGACACUUGAUGAUCAUUCGAGUAGUAUAACGUCAGUUAAAUUUAUCGGUUCAGGUCUACAGUUUCAAAUGAUAUCAUGUGGAGCUGACAAGUCGAUUAUCUUUAGAAAUUAUCAAAAUAAUCAAUUUACAAGGGGAAAUAAUUGUUCUGCAAAGAAUACGCUUUAUGAUAUGGAAGUGGAUAGUACGGCAAAGCAUAUUUUGACAGCAUGCCAAGAUCGAAAUAUUCGUGUUUAUGGAACACAAAAUGCCAAACAUACAAAGACAUUCAAGGGAUCACAUUCGGAUGAAGGAACGUUGAUAAAAUUAAGUUUAGAUCUGAGUGGAAUUUAUAUUGCAACAUCAUGCACAGAUAAGACAUUAAGUGUAUAUGAUUACUACUCGGGUGAAUGUAUGGCAAAGAUGUAUGGACAUAGUGAGUUGGUAACGGGACUUAAGUUCACAAAUGAUUGCAAGCAUCUCAUAUCUGCGAGCGGUGAUGGAUGCAUAUUCAUUUGGCAAGUACCGCAUGAUAUGAUUGUUACGAUGCAGGCACGAUUGAGUCAACAAGCAAUGAGAUCCGGCCAACAACCAUCUAUUCCAAGACAACUGACAACAAAUCCAUUCAGUGAUAGUCCGAUAGAGCAGCAAGCUUAUUCGGAAAAGUUUGGAUCACCGCCAGCUAAUUUUCUCAGUGAUGAAACAUCGCCAACAUAUAAACUAUCAGAAGUUGGACAGCUACCAAUGUGGGCCAAACGGAAACCUGAUGAAAGUACUCCUAUAAUAAUGGGAUCAAGUCCAAAUCAAAAUCAGCCACAAAUAAAUCAGAAACCACGCGGUAAAUGGGCACAGCGAGGACAAUUUGAUGCUGAAACAUUAGAUUUAAGAAAUAUUGUUGAUACACCAAAUCAGACAACGACAAAUAUUAUGAUAAGUAACAAUACACCGACAUCGGGCUACAAUAGUGGUGGUUCAAAGGAUGUCUAUAGCAAUUAUCUCAGUGAAGACAGCUCAAUUGAUAGUGGAAUGGAGAAUCGUCGUGAGAAUCCAUUUAUGGCACCAAAAGUCGUUCUGGAACACAAUAAAAUGCAUAGUCUAAAUUCGGAAUCAAAUACAGAACACGAUGGUGAUGUCGAGGACAUUUCAGAUGGUGAGAGAACGAGCUCAGAUCAUGGAAUGAUCUAUUAUCCAGCUACACAUUCCAAUACACCAACUGACUUCAAAGUCAACGAGAUGAAAGAAGAUGAAUUACGUAAGUCAAUAAGACGUCAAAAGUUAGAGAAGCAAGGCUUAAGUGUAAGUCAAAUAAUAGCAGUUACAGCAUCUAACACGGGAACAAAUACGUCUGAUGAUGAAGACGAUGCAUCGACACCGAGCGGCGAUAAUGCUGAACGAAGUCUUGCCUCAACACUUGGCGGUAGUUCUGAAUCUAUUCCACAUCCAUCGACAUUCCUGCAAGUUGCUUUAGACGGUCCUGGAUCGUUAUCAGAUCAUUCCAAGGACAAAGAGAAGAGUGAGUGCCGAAAAAGUAUUAGUGCGAUGCACAAUAUCGAUAAUAGUAAGACAACAAGCUUAUCCAAAUCAUAUACAAACAGCAAGAAAGAGGAGUUGCUGAAAGUGAUCAAUGAGGCCAAACAAAAAUUAGAGAAUGUUGGUUACAAAUCGAGUUUACGUGCUAGUCAGAGUAUCUCAGAUCUUAGUCAUGCAAAUGCUGAUACUCGAACGCGUCUGUUACGUGGAGUUGUCGGCAAUAAAGCUUUUGUGCCUGACAAUGACGAUUACAGAGAUGAGAAUGAAUCGUCAAUUAGAAGGGCUUGUUCACUUAGUGAUUUAAGCAUGGGAAAAGGAUUUAAGAGCUCUGCUACAAGUCCGAAAGCAAAAGAUCGAAAUACUACCCGAAAUUUACCAAAACGGAGUGCUUCGUCAGUUGGAAAGUCAGCUACUUCUGGCAUGGGAAUGAGAAGUGCAUCUGUUGGAAUGCUCAAUCAUGCUAGCGAUUCAGAUCAAUCAGAGCCGAUAGCAUCACGAGGAGGAGUCUUAAGGCCAACAAUCUCAUCAAACAACAAGGCGAAUAGCAACAUUAAGUAUAUUAAUCCAAGGAGUGCAGCUGGAAUAAUAAGUCGACGAAAAGGAAUGCAAAAUUCUUAUAGUAGCGUUAAUCUCACGACGACCGGACAGGAUGAGUCGAGUUCUGAAGAGUCACCACCGCCAAAUAUUAUAACUAGUCCCACAAAACCUGCCGUUCCACCACGUCCACGAAAUAUUCAAACUCAGGAUCAACGAAGAAUCACGAAUAUUAAUACAAUGCUCAAUUCAAAGAAAUUGGAACUUGCUGCUGGCAUGAUGGAGAUGCCAUGCAAGGAUAGUGACAUUGAGAAUGCUGAUAUUAAUACUCAAUUCUGUUCCAAUGUUAUUAAUCAGUUAAUGAACACAGCAAAUGCAGUGCUGCAGCUGCAUCAACGUUUAAGAUCAGUAGAUGAACCCACAAGUACUGGAAAUAAUAAUUUAAUGCUCAAAGAACUCGAAAAUGCAGUCAUCAUGACACAAAGUGUCCUCACGAAAAUAACAGCGAGAAAUUCCGAUUCCUCACCUGAGAACUCCACAAAUGGUAUCGUGAAUCAGGAUCGAUUGAACAACAACCACAGUAUCCAAAGUAAUGGCGAAUACAUUCAAAUGAUCGACAAAUGUUCCGACUUAUUGAACAAAGUUCAAAUACAGAAGCAUGUGAAUAAUAACAGUAAUUAAGCAAGAGAAUACAUAAAGUUAAAAAAAAAUUGAAAAAAUUUCUCAAACAUGGAAUGUUGAAGAAAGUCCAGAUUUGGGGAAGCAACAAACACACAAAAAGUUGAAUAUAUAAUAAUGCAUGAAAGGAAUGAAUGGCAAGAAUAAGAAGUGGAAUUAAAUUUUUAUAUUAUUUUUCUGUGCAGUCUGUGAAGGAACUGAAUGACAAAAUCAGGAAAAAACAACAAAUAUGUUAACUCUCUGUCCAAUUAUUACUUAAUUCAAAUGGGUUUUAAUUAUCAUGUCGGAAUCAGCUCUGAAGUUGUCAAAAAAAAAUGAUCGAAAGUAGAUGUUUAAACACUAAAGUACCCAAUAUCAUUAAAAAACUUACCCUAAUCCCUCCAAUUUUAUUAAAUGAAUUAAUUUUUAAAAAAACUUUUAUCUAAAAUGAUUUAUUGAGUUUUUAGCACUAUUCAUUUCAGUUAAAUAAUGUUAUGUUUAAUCGACUCUCAAAGACUCAGUUAUUCUCUUUUUUCUUUAUACUUAACGUUAACUUAAUUAAAUUUUGGGAUUUGAAGGUGAUUUUUGAGCUGAUUAGAGUUGGAUUUGUGAGGUUUUACAGGAUUUUUGAAAACAUUUUGAUGGUUUUGUGGUAAAUUUGUAAGGUUUUUUAAUUAACGGUUACAAAAAAUUUAAAUUUUAUUGAUUGAACAAGUCGAAUGUAUUUUCAAAAACCAUACAAAUGUUUUAUAAAUUCGUUCAAAACUCUACAACAGCCAAGAAAGUUAAAAGUAUUCGAAACCUUACAAAUUAUUUUAAAAACCAUACAAUUCCAGCAAAAAACAAUACAAAUUAAGCUGAAAAUAUUCAAAUUUUAAUUCUAACGGCUUUUUAAUCACCUCCAAUUCCUAACAACUCCCAUUUUUUAAAUCUAAUUUAAUAAUAAAAUUCCAUUAAUUAAUUAAUAAAUUAAUAUUAAUAAUGUUACAUAUUGACUUAAUAAUGCAAGAAAGUUUACUUUAUGCAUGGUUAAAAUUAUGUUUGAAUCAUAUUGAUUUUUUAGGAAGUUAUGUCAAUGUUUUAAAAACGAAGAAAUCAUGAAUAGGAGAUGAAUUAAAUAUUCCACAAAAGUUAUCAAAAAAAAAAAAAAUAUGAAUUGCAUGAAAAAUUGUAUUUUAGCUGUAGCAUAAAACAACUCAAAAUUGAAUAAUUUUAGAGAAUUUAGAAAGUUUCAUUCAAUAUUUAAAAAAACAAGAAAAAAGUCAAUAAGAGCAAAAUGCCAAAAAAAAUUGAAGAAAUUAGAAUUGAUACAAGAUUAUUAACUCAAAUUUUGCUUAUACAUUAAACAUUAAUCGUAAAUUAAUUGAAAAUUAACAAGGCAAAAAGUCACUUGAAUUGAGAAUUGAAUUUUACUCAUUUCGCGAAAGUAAAGCAACUAAUUGAAUUGAUGGCAGGAAAUUGAGAAUGAAAGAAAAAAAUAAUAAAUUGCAGACUAAUAGAUUUUGAUAAUAAAUCGUACAUCUAACAACGUGAUGGAAUAUCAAACAAAACUUUAAUUAAUUUUUCUCUUCCUUUUUGAAAAUUAAUAAAGAAAUGAAAAAUGAAGACACAUUUGGAAACAGAAAUGAUGUUUUAUCGACAAAAAAUUAACCAAAAAUUGCUUUUACUUACAUUUUGACAAAACUAAUUAAAUUAAUCUUUUCAGGUGUUGGAUUGAUGCAUCGUAGAGUCAUAAAUUUCAUGUUUAGCUUUAUUUGAUGCAUUUUUUGGAUUUAAUCUUUAAACUUUUGUAUUUUAAUUUAUUUUAAUACGAGCAGUUUGGAGACUUGUAUGAGUUGGAAGGAUAUAUAUGAAGCUUGUGUCCAACAAACUUGCAUUUUUGCUAUGGGGCCGUUCAUUUAUGACGUCCAAAAUUAACGGUAAUUUUUCAAAAAGGAACAAUGGAUUUCCAGGAAUUUCUAUUGUUAUUUUCGUUAUUUUCUUGCUGACCCCCCCCCCCCCCCCUCCUGGAAUAAAUGAACGGAAAAAUCAUCGUACGGUUUUGAUACAUUUAAAAAUUUACCGGUUGUCAAAAAUUUAAAUUAAUUUUAUCAUCUCGGAAAUUUAAAGUUAAAAUUUUUGACAGACGUUAAUUUUCAAAUAUUCUCUAAGGGGCUGUUCACUUAUUACGUAACGCGAAAAAAUGACUUCUUAGACCCCCCUCGUAACAAAAUUUGUAUGAAAAAAAAAUUUCCUUGUUUGAAUCGUAACAAAAUCUUAGACCCCCCUCCCCCUAAAAGCGUUACGUAAUAAGUAAAUGGCCCCUAAUCGUUACUUUUGAAUUUCUGGCAACUGUUAUUUAUUCAAAAUUUCAAAUGUCGUUAAAUUUCGAUAUUUUAUAAAAGUCACAUGCAACCUUCAACUCAUACAAAAAGUAUCAGCAUUAACAAGAACGAUUAUCCUCAAAGGAAUUUCCAGAUGUUUACCUAGUAACUUAAGUAUUAAUCAAUUAAAAAUGACUCUGUAUAUAAAUUUAUUUGAGAUAAGAAACAAUAUUUUUUUUAUUUAAACAAUAAAUUUCAAAGAAAUCUGACGCUUAUAAAGUUCAUGAGAUCGCAAAAAACAACAAAACAUGCUUAAUCUUCAAUUACAUUAAUUAGAUUUAAUCCAGAUUUUCCUAGUGAUACAGUUUCGAGCAUCAUUCCAUCAGAUUUAAGGUGAAAUAGGAACUGAAUGAUGACAUAGAAUAGAUUAUUACGAUCGUGGCUGCUUCCAUGAAUCUUGUCAGUAACAAAGUUGAAUUUCGGUGUUAUUGGAUUACUACAUAAAAUAGCACAUUUUGAUUUGUUCCUUGUAGCUUCCUUUACGUAGUGAUCGACGUUGGUCUUUUUAGAAUCUCCAAUAAUAACAUAGCGAUUAUAGAAUGGUCUGGAAAUGUCAGGAACUGGCUGCAAUUGAGAAUCCAGAUAACAGCAGAAUAAAUGGAACAAUAUUCCAGCAUCAUUAGGUUUGUGAUCAUUCUGAUUUGAUGGAUCAAAAGUGCUGGAUGUAAAUUUAUAAUUUUUUAAGCAACUUCCUUUAGCAAGUUCACGAAAACGUUGAACGAGAAAUUCUUGAUUUGUUGUCAAUUCCAAAAAUGGUAUUAACUUAGGAAGAGUUGGAACAAAUUGAAUUAACUGCUGAUUCGAUGAUGCAAUUUUCUUUAAUCUCUCAAUUCCAACAUGUCCAAUUUUCAUGUCUGUAAAUCCGCGCUGUUCAAAAGCUUUGUCAGUGUCAUCGAUGGCAUGAACUAAUGGUUCCAAAAUUGUCUUAUGGAUAUACAUUUUUAAAUUGGCAACGUAAUUUGAGAGCUUAUUAGCACUCAUUUUUCUUAUUAUUUCAGCAUGUUCCUCGUCUUUGUUACUAAAUGAUUCAUCCCUCAAACUUUGCUUAUUAUGAGGCGAUAGCUGGUAAGUUAGAUUCUUUAGUGACGAUACAAAGCCAUUAACAUCAAAGCUUCCCCAAAAUGAGUUGAAAGAACUAACAAAAUUACUCUGUGCUUCUGCAGCACUUGCGAUCCUCUUUUCUUGAUCAGUGACGUCAUUUAAGUAUUCUUCCAUUCUCUUACGAUCUGUUAUGAAAUCAGAUUUAUUGAACCUUGAUGGUGACUGAAAACUAUAACUUGCGUCCGAAUGAUGUGUUAAAGUGGAAUCAUAACUUCCGAUAGAGGUGUUGCUCAUCCAGCUCGUAUGUUGACUCAAAUUUGAUGUAGUUGCUGAAAUAAUAAGGAAUCAAGUAAAGUGAAAUAAAAGAUUUAUAAUGUAAAUACUCACGUUCAGCAUAAUUCUGCCAACUCAAAUUUCUUAUGUUUCCAGUAAGCAUAUCGUUUGUCUCUUGUUUACAUAGCUUAUUCGUUGAUGGCGCCUUUACGAAUGAAUUUGACUUGUUUAAACUUAAUAAUAUUCUUUGUUCCUCAUUCUCACAUGCAAUUUCCUCGUUGAACCACGUAUAAUAUAAGUAUGUAAUAAUGUUUUUAAGCAAUGAGCAUAGUAUAAUUAUGCUAGCUGUAACUUCGAUCCAGUAGAAUUUAUCAGAAAUAUUAUCUGUUUUAUAAAUAUCAAAAACUAGCACUGAUAAUAUGAGAAAAUUAAAUGAAAUCCAUUUCAGCGAGCUCUUUCUUUUGAUUUCUGCUAAAUGUAAGUCCAAUGUCUUGUUAAUUAGCUGUGUUUUAUGCAUUUUUUCACAAUUUUAAGAAAUGCUUUUUUCUAUUUCUGCCGGUUUUUUUUAGCGCGCGUUGAAUUUGACACAAAUGAGCACGUUUCUAUCACUUUGUUCAUAUGCUGAACUUGUCAGGGAUGCUUAUUUGCUUAUUUGAAUGUUUAUUAAUGUUUAAUAAUGCUGAAUUGACGAUUUAACUUUAAUUUUACUUAAAAUUAUAAGGAAACUUUUUAAAGUUGUAUUAGUGAAUAAGGAA